AAAUAAUACUCGUAUAACGGCACCCAUUCAUUUUUAUGCGAUAGCACGGUGUAACGAAAUUACCGUUAUCUGGCUACUUAAAACUACGUCUACCUAACAUUGCUAGUUUCACUGAACAUGUAGUCCAGCAUGGUUAACUUUUAUUAUUGCAAUUCAUUGGGUAAGAAAAAUGCUAUUUAUGGAUACUAUCUGGGCAGAAUGUGAAGAGCAAGGUUUUCGUAUUUUAUAUUGCAGAGGUCUAGAUGCAUCCACCAUUUUUUUUAAUAUAAAAAAAUAUUAAAGAAUAUGGAAAAUGUAAUAAUUAUAACUUGAGAAUAUGUAUAGGGCACUCAUCGUAUAACCAUAUGACUUUCAAAUGACUACGUUUGCUUUAAUUUAUUCAAAAAUUGGGUCAUACCUGCGAAAAAUAGCUUUCCUAUUUCAUAUUUACAAACAAGCUGCAAUAAGAUGUAUAGAUAGCUCAAACUGAGGUACCAAAGGUCAAAUCUUAUCGUUAGUGACAGUAAUAAAAGGAAAAAGGCAGUUAUACAAUUUUAAUAUUGAUUAGAAUUAAUUAUUAAACAGACAUUUUUAAAUCUUCGAAAGUACAAAAUAUAAAGUUUAAGCCUAUAAUUCUUGUCCUGUCGAUGUUAUAAAAGGAUGCUACUAACCAAAUCUGAAGUACACCGACACGUAGAAAGAAUUUAUUGCAUAAUUUUUGCCUAGCAACCUCUGGAAGGAUUGAAGUCGUCUGACAAAUACUAUAAUAAAUGCCCCUUGGUUAAUAUAACAUUUGAAGUUUAUGCUGUAUCAAAGAUGACGAAGGAUCUUUAUGAGACUGAUGACAAUAAUAAACAAUAAACCACUCAUAUUUUGUUUUACUCGUAUCCAAUGAAUUGCAAUAAUGCCCAUAUGAAAUAAGAUCAAUAUGCGGGAGUAAUGGUCGAAAACGUGAAUUUGCCAUGCAAAAUAAAUAAAGACGGCAUACAUAGGGCAAGUUCGGGUUGCAUUUUAAAUUGGUUUGCUGCUUGCAGUUUUUUUUCAGUUGUAAUUCUCUAAUAGCAUCGUAGUUGAAAGCAAGUGGUAUUGAAAAUAGUGCAGUUUGUCAUAAAGUAGCUCUUUAUACGAGAUGUUCCGUUGGGUGGUAAAACUGCGUGGUCUCAGGAUACGCAACUUGGUGAUGGCGCCACCGGGUAUUGCUGCCCUAAGGGUCUUCCUGUGGACAGUAUUCCGGGCAGCCAACUUCCUCUACCUUCCUGUGUUCGUCACAAGAAUCUUCCACAGGGCAACACCUUGUCCGCCGAUUGAAAAUGACAUACUCCUAUUAACAGCUGUUGAGUUGGCUGAGAAAAUAAGGAAACGAGAACUAACAUGCGAAGCUGUAGUCAAAGCCUACAUCGAAAGAGUAAAAGAGGUGAACCCAAUCAUCAACGCAGUAAUUGAGGACAGGUUCCACGAUGCCCUGGAAGAUGCUAAGGAAGUGGACAGAUUCCUAUCCAACACGUUGAUGACAACUGAGGAAAUAGAAGAGAAGAAACCAUUGUUAGGUAUCCCACUAACAGUGAAGGGAAGUAUAGAAGUUGAAGGAAUGAAAAAUACAUCUGGAGUUGUAUCCAGAGCUAACGUAAUAGCAAAAGAAGACGCGAUCAUUGUGAAGUCCGCGAGAGAUGCUGGUGCUAUUCCGAUACUCACCUCUAACAUACCGGAGUUGUGUCUUAACUGGGAGUCCACUAAUAAAUUGGUGGGUACUACAAGGAAUCCUCAUAAUACCACCAGAACUGUAGGAGGAUCGUCUGGAGGAGAGGCAGGUCUUCUAGCAACCGCAGCCUCAAUAAUCGGUGUUGGUUCCGAUAUAGCAGGUUCUCUUCGUCUCCCAGCUCACUUUUGCGGAGUUUGGGGUCACAAGCCUACUCCAAGAGUAGUUCCCUUCGCAGGACACUAUCCUAGCUGCAAGAAUGAGGAUGAAUGGAGAGAAGUAUUUACAUUGGGGCCCAUGGCAAGGUACGCUAAAGAUUUGAAGCUAUUAUUGAAAAUAAUAGCUAAUCCAGAAGCUAAGGAGACACUGCGAUUGGACGAACCAGUUGCUCUUGAAGAUUUACGUAUAUACUAUAUAGAAGAUCUUGAGUCGAUAUUGACAAACAAAGUCAGCAGUGUAUGCUUAGAUGCGUUACAUAGUGUAGUUGACCACAUGAACAAACUAUGUCAUGUAGAAUGCGAAAAAGCAAAAAUACCUUUAUUGAAAUACGCCCCAGAGAUGGCGUCUCUAGUGUUACUUGAUAUUGAUGACGUCGACAACCUAUUUGUUGGUAGAGGAGAUGGAUCAUACGCAGAGCUUUUCAGAUAUUUCACAUUCCGAUCAAAAUCAGUCUUCAUGGCGAUUGCGUAUGGUGUGGUACGCAAACUCUCAAAGUACAUACCAAAUUCGACCGUGGAAGACUGCAGAAAAAAGCUGAGUGAGAUGAAAGCUGAACUGAUAAAGAUGUUAGGAGAUAAUGGUGUCUUGCUCAUUCCUACCUUUCCGACAGAAGCACAUCCACACGGUGAUAUUUUGAGAAAAGUACUGGACUCCGGAUACUGCGUGAUAUUUAACGCAUUUGGACUACCCGUAACAAACUGUCCGGUGAAGUUUUCCAAAAAUAAACUUCCUGUUGGUAUUCAGGUUGUCAGCGCACCACAUAAUGACAGACUCACCCUGGCCGUGGCAGCAGAAAUUGAAAAAACUUUCGGUGGUUGGAAGCCGCCACAACCCAGAGAGAAAGCAUGUUAUUAGAAUCUACUAUGUAUAUUAAAUAGUAUAUCAGCAGUAUUUGUGAGGAUUGUGAUGUGUGAUUUAUGUUGAGAAUAAGCAAAUAGUUUUUUUGUUUGUACUAAAUUGUGAUUAUUUUUGUAUGAAUAACUUAUUGUGAAUAAAAUGUUUUUGUUAAUAGUGAGUAACAUUU